AUGCCAAAAGCUGUGACAGCCCGACGAGGGGGCCGUUUCACACCAUUUGCACGGACCCCACGAACUCCUGCUUUCGCUACUGAAGACACUAUGCUCCCAUCAUUUGACAAUUUCCCCACAUAUUUGAUCGAGAACGACUCCACAUUCCCAGAAGAGGACCAAUCGAUGAUGUUGGCUGGCUUGUCGGAGCUUGCCGAACUUGGUACAAGCUCCAACGCUUUUCUAGAUUUUGUCUCAGCCCAGACUUAUGAUGAAAGUCCAAGUUCGACUGCAUCGCAGCCGCGCCCUGCGGUGGCCCAACUCUUCAUCAAUAAUAAGAUGGUGAUGUCCAGAUCUAAGGAAUGGACCAGCAUUCUUGAUCCAGCUACCCAAGAUCUGCUUUCCAGGGUUCCUUGUUGCACCCAUCAAGAAGUCCAGAAUGCAGUAAAUGCUGCAAAUGAUGCGCAAGAGGAUUGGGAGGGUAUAGGGUUCCAGGCUCGUCGGGAGUACCUAUUGAGACUCAUUGAUGCUCUGCGGGAUGUAUCCUCACUUAUUGUAUCGAGUCUGUGCCGCGAAGUAGGCAAGACAAUAGAAGAUGCCGAGUCGGAAUUCCACCGAGGGCUGGAUUGUAUUCACGCCGCAUGUUCUAUUGGCCCUGAGAUGGCGGGCAUGUUUCUCGGAAACGACCCUACUAUGCUACAGACAUUCUAUGAGCCAGUGGGUGUCUGCACCACCAUCACUCCAUUUAGCUUUCCCUUCAUGACACCUCUGUGGUCCAUUCCCUAUGCGCUCAUUACCGGGAACACGGUUGUUCUCAAGCCAUCUGAAAGAGCCGUCUCAGUGCCAUGUCUUAUCGCCGAAGCUGUUCUCAAGGCCGAAUUUCCACCCGGUGUUUUCAACAUUGUGCAUGGAGGUCACUCGGUAUCACAGAUGCUUAUCCUGCAACCAUUAGUGAGGGCGAUUAGCUUUGUGGGAUCUGAGUCGGCUGCCAAACAAGUUCACGACCUUGCCCGCAAAGCCGGAAAGCGGGUCCAGGCAGAAUGCGGCGGCAAAAACCACGGUGUCAUUUUAGAAGACGCUGAAAUGAUGCCUACUCUGUUCGCUAUUGCGGGCAGCGCAUUCGGAGCUGCAGGCCAGAGAUGCAUGUCUCUCAGCGUCGCCAUAUUUGUGGGAAAUACCGCACGGUGGAUACCGAAACUUGUCGACGUUGCCAGAUCGAUGACCGUGGGCAAUGGCAGUGACGAGGGAACCAAGAUUGGACCUCUAAUAGAUAAAGAGGCGAAGUCAAAAAUAACCGGUCUCAUCGACCGUUCCACUGCAGAGGGGGCGGUUCUACUAUGUGAUGGAAGAGAUGUGACCGUCCCGAGAUAUCCCAACGGCAAUUUCCUCGGGCCGACGAUUUUAUCUGGCGUGGAGACGUAUAUGGAAUGUUACCAAACAGAGAUAUUUGGUCCAGUUCUCAUAUGUAUGCAAGUAGAUACGAUGGAUGAAGCGAUCGAACUGAUCAACCAAAAUAAAUACGGCAAUGGCUGCUCAAUAUUCACUACAAGCGGAAAGCACGCGAAGACAUUUCAGCGCCAGGUCAAUGUGGGCCAGAUUGGCAUCAACAUUCCAUUGAUCGCCCCUUACGGUACUGCUGUGCGAACUAGCAACAAGGGUUCAUUUAUGGGAGACAGACACUGCCCAGGGAAAACAUACUGGCCCUUUUUUACCUCCACCAAGACAGUUUCGGCUCGCUGGGAUCAAUGA